UCUGCGCCGUUGCGCCGCCCUUGGGCAUGGGGCGGCAGGCGAAGCUCGAGAGGCGGGCGAUGAAGCACGAGCGCAAGGCCGUCAGGCACGCCAUCAAGGCGCAGCGGUCUUACGGAGCCCAUGGCAGGAGUUUCGGCGCCGUCGGCCACGCGGCCGCCGGGCCGUUCUACCAGCCGCAACAACAGCAGCAGUAUCAGCAGCAGCAGCAGUAUCAGCGGGACAUGGCCCACAGCGGGAGACAGGAGGAGGGCGUCGAGGAAUGGCAUGAGCGCCGAAGGGCUUCCACGGGGGGGGAUGUGCCGCCGCCCGCGUACGAGGAAGGGGAGAGCUCCGCGGCUGGCGCACGGCGGAGGAGUGUUGAGGUUUUGGGAGAGAGCGAGAAGCACCAGGGGAAGGGCUUGAGAAGCUGAUGUUAAUGCUGAACGGUUUGCCAUGAUGUUACUAUAGCGAGCAAGGUGUUAGAUAGACGGGUCUGGAUGCCAAUUUUUUCUCUUCUUGGUUCA